GCGUAUCGAAUCCAUUUGCGUUAUUAAGCGGUUUAAUUAACCACACAAUAAUUGCUUAAACACGGCAAUCUAUUUGUUAAAUAAUUAAGAAAAACGUAUAAAAUUAAAUUUUAGCAAAAUGCAGUCCGUUUUAAGGAGUAGCUUGGGUAUUGCCCGUCAGACUUUGCAUGCAAGGCAAAUUGCUUCGAUUGCCGCGCUGCCAGAUACUCAUCAGAUGCUGCAGAAAACAUGCCGUGACUUUGCAAAUUCCGAACUGGUGGGUCCAAAUGCAGCGAAAUUCGAUCGUGAACAUCUUUAUCCUGCGCAACAGAUUAAACAAAUGGGCGAACUGGGCCUCAUGGCCGUGUCCGUGCCUGAGGAACUCGGCGGCACCGGCUUGGAUUACCUGGCCUAUGCCAUUGCCAUGGAGGAGAUCUCACGUGGUUGCGCCUCAGCCGGCGUGAUCAUGUCCGUCAAUAAUUCCCUAUACUUGGGUCCAUUGUUGAGCUUUGGUAACGACGACCAAAAAGCUGCCUACAUAACGCCCUACACAACAGGUGAACGUGUGGGUUGCUUUGCUCUGUCCGAGCCUGGUAAUGGCUCCGAUGCGGGCGCAGCAUCCACCGUGGCCACGGAGAAGGGAGAUCACUAUGUGCUGAAUGGCACCAAGGCAUGGAUAACGAAUGCUUUCGAAGCAGAGGCUGCUGUAGUCUUUGCUACCACCAACAAGCAGCUGAAGCACAAGGGAAUCUCUGCAUUUAUAGUAAACAAGGGUAUCAAAGGUUUCUCGCUGGGCAAGAAGGAGGACAAACUGGGCAUACGCGGCUCCUCCACUUGCCAGCUCAUAUUCGAAGAUUGCGAAAUACCCAAAGAGAAUCUACUAGGUGGAACGGGCCUUGGCUUUAAGAUUGCUAUGCAAACUCUGGAUGCUGGGCGCAUUGGCAUCGCUAGUCAGGCGCUGGGCAUUGCGCAGGCCUCGCUGGAAUUGGCCGUUGAUUAUGCGCAGAAGCGUCAAGCCUUCGGCAAGCCCAUAUCUAAGCUCCAGGCCAUACAGCAGAAGAUUGCCGAUAUGUCUCUGGCUGUGGAAUCGGCCCGUCUAUUGACCUGGCGUGCUGCCUGGCUGAAGGACAACAAGCUACCCUAUACGAAAGAGGCUGCAAUGGCCAAACUGGCCGCAUCCGAGGCGGCUACACUGUGCGCUCAUCAGUGCAUCCAGGUGUUGGGCGGCAUGGGAUACGUAACCGACUUGUCAGCAGAACGCCAUUAUCGGGAUGCGCGUAUCACCGAAAUCUAUGAGGGAACCUCGGAGAUUCAACGUCUGGUUGUAGCCGGCUCAAUACUCAAGGAGUACGCUAGUUAAUGUUAUUCCACCUGCUUUUUAUAACAGCCUAAAUGCAAUAAAGUCUUGAGUAGACUAAGAAAUACCCUAUUUUAAAUCAUUGUGGACAUGCAACAGGUGUAAAUGAAGCAAGACUAAAGUUAAUUUGUUUAAUAAUACUUUGUCUUAGCGUUGAU